UCAAGGUAUUUCAUUCCUCGUCCAGUCUAUUAAUUCAUAAUUUUGUAUUAAUACUUUAAGAAUUGGAAUUGUCUGAAAUAUGGCUUGUUAUAGCCUCUUUCUUUCUUUGUUAUUGCUUUCGGCUGCAGUUUGUCAUGGCCAAGAUGCUUUUGUCCGCUCCAGAGCAACCUAUUACGGCAGCCCAAAAUGCCUAGCAACCUUAACUGGAGCUUGUGGGUUUGGUGAAUAUGGGACGUUUGUCAACAAUGGUGAAAUCACUGGAGUCUCUAGGCUUUACAGGAAUGGAACUGGCUGCGGUGCUUGCUAUCAGGUAAGGUGCAGAAUCCCAACACACUGCAGCGAUGAAGGAGCGAAGGUAGUGGUAACGGAUUAUGGCGAGGGAGACCAUACAGACUUCAUACUGAGUACACGAGCGUACGCAAAAUUGGCUCGAUCCAACAUGGCUGCAGAACUAUUUGCAUACGGCGUAGUUGACAUCGAAUUCAAAAGAAUUCCAUGUCGUUAUGGUUAUAAUCUCUUUCUAAAAGCCCAUGAGCAUAGCAAAUACCCUCAGUACUUGGCCGUAGUGCCAUUGUAUAAAGAGGGAAUGUAUGAUAUCAUCGCUGUUGAAAUAUGGCUGGAGGAUUGCAAGGAAUGGAGGCCAAUGCGAAGAGUCUUUGGAACAGUAUUCGACCAUCAGAACCCACCACUGGGGCCUCUCAACUUUAGACUUCAGGUGGUGGCCGAGGGCAAUGCGGAAGUGAAGUGGGUGCAAUUAAACAGUGCCAUUCCCAGUGAUUGGAAGGCUGGAGUUGCUUAUGACACUGAUUUUCAGCUUAACUAAUUAAGCUCCAAGCACGAAUGUGUAAGUUGACUACUUAAUAUUUCUAGUGUUUACUUGAUAUGUUUGUAGCAGUGCUUUGGAUACUGCUCGGUGAAGGACUCUCUUCACUUCAUUUGUAACUCGUGUUUAGUAUUGAUAUGAAUAAAACUUCUUGACUUUCAUCUUUUUAA